AUGUCUUAUCCUGAUAUCUCCAAACUCAGGAUACAGGAUCAUGCUUAUCCAAAUGACGACAAUAAGACCAACGGUCUACUGAAGGAACAUACUCGUACGCCCACCCUAAACGGCGCGAACGGACACGACCCGCCCCCUCCGAACGGCGUAAAUGGAAAUGAAGAAGACCCCUACAUGCGGAAAUUGAAGCUCUACGCACAGUCGCUUCCGUACGACAUAGAGCCAUACUCUACAGCCUUAGAAAUCUUUGACAUCAUGCUGUUGCGCCUAACGGAAUGCGUCGAGGCCAAGGACUAUGAUGUGGGCUUGCUUCAAUGGGAGAGCAUGAUAGGCUACUGGACGAUGUUGAAGUAUCCUAUACCGAAGGAAAGAAGGAUCAAGCUAGCGAAGAUAUUCUUCCAUUUGAGCGUUACCCCCGGGAUGCCCACGCAAAUAGUUGCUGUCUGCGCGGACGCUUUCAAGACCUUUACGCGAUCAAAGAACAAGCUGAGUAUUGAAGACAUGAGGCUGCCGUGGAUGCCUAUAUACACUCUCCUCAAGGAGGACCUCUUCUUAAGCAGGAGGCAAUUUGAGUAUACGCAACUAUCCUGGUGUCUAGGUUACAUAGCAGAGAAUUCUCGGCGGUUCUUUCAUCCUGCUGCCAUUGAAGAGAUGCUGUCGACCUUCGUUCCCCUCAUAAAUGGGACAGACCUUGACAGCGUUUUGUCCGCGCAAUAUUAUCUUCUUACCUUCUUGCCCGUCUCCCACCCACAGUCAUACCUACCCAUGCUUUCUCGCCUUUGGGAAUCAGUGAAUUCCUACAAGUAUGACAACAGAAUGCUGCAAUUCCUCUCCACUCUGGCGGAGCUACAUGUAGACCCUUCUAUCAGUGACCCUCGCCGAAUCUUAGAGAUCCCAGACGAUUCACGAUCAGAGGGAGAGGGACGUCCGAAAUGGAGUGGCAACAAUGAAGAGCCCAGCAAGGAAGCACACUGGCCAGGGAUCUACAAAGACGUCGGAAUAUUCAGUGAAUACGAGUGGAGCCUUCUCAUGUGUAAAUGUUUAUCGUCCAUGGAGUUACCGCUAGCUGACGGUGGCUCCCUGACCACCGGCCCUUCUGCUGAUGCACAAGUUGGAUUUGAAAUUGGUCGCUUGCCAAAGCCAAGUUGGAGAAUAUCUUCUCUGGCUCGCAUUAUCGUGUACUCAAUGGCCACUGAUGGUGUACCGACACCCGCAUCAAAUAUGCCUACACCGUUUUAUACGCCCUCAGCCUCAGGUUCAAGCACGCCUCAAAUCCAGACGAGUACAUUGGGAGAAUUUCUCGCUGCACCACUCGGGAAGAAGUCCAGCAAGUCUUACUUGGCUGGCUCCAAGGCUCUGGACUCUUUAGUUAGAAUGAUUGCUUCGACAGAAAGUUUCUUUCACCCAUCAAACUCAGGUGCUUGGACGGCAGAUCUCUGCGCGUUUAUCAAGUGUAUUGUAUUCGAUUUCAAUAAGCGGUGGCACGAAGAAGAGAAGGCUGACUGCAAAACGCCGAUGAAUCGGCGCUUGACACGAUCAAUGCGAAGAGAGCUCGUGAAGUCUCUCCGGACGGUAGCGCUCCUUGCUAUAUUUUCUCAAGAUCCUGACACCGUGUCCAACAUACAAAGUUGUAUGAAAUCUAUGAGUCUCAUGGAGCCUGAUUUGAUCCUGCUGCCAAUAUUGGAGAGGGCCGUGCCCUCGUUGGAAGCGUUAGUAGAGACUCAGCGCACGAUGGCCAUAAUCAAGGCUCUAGGGGCAGUCGUUCCCUCACUUGCAUCCCGGCAAGUGUAUUAUGGUGGGGCGAAGCAUCUCGUCAACAUCAUGCACCUACUAGUCCCCGGCAUUGACUUAAACGAUCCAACGAAAACAUUAUGUACAACGGCCUUCCUAGCGGAAGUAUCGCAAUACAUUUGCUUCGGUGACCUGACUGCUGGCGAAUAUCCAAGCAAACUCCUCGAUACAGAGCCCACCCUCCCCCAAGAUAGUUCUCCUUCUCCCCCGAGCCUGGACCUUUCUGACCUGGAGGGACUCGAUUCGGAAGAACCGAGACUAUCUAUGGCAGAGGAGGAUGCAUUGCUUAAGACAACCACUGGUGAAUUUGCCGAAUGGAUUACUAACUUUGUUCGCCGGGUCAUACAAUUGCUUGAAAAUCUUCCCGAAGAGGGAAUGAAUGGUUCAAGCGGUGGCGUGUCCGAAGUCCAAGUAGUAGACGCGGUAGCUGGCGCUUGCCGCCAAAUUUGUGUUCAUCUCUCAGAACCACUUUAUGACCUUGUCUUAAACAUGGUGUUUAACUAUGCGAGUACAACAGUCCGGUCGAACGCCGUCCGAGCGAUCCACCAACUUGUGGAGUGUGUUGCGAAUGCUGAUCCCGAGAAGACCCUCGCCAAGUUCUUCGACAUGUGUUACAACAAUAUUCAAGUCGAGCUAGAGCAUGGAGCCAGUUCGUUAAGAACGACCGCUGCCUCGUCCCCUCUCCCCUCCGAUGCCACUUUGCAUUGGAACUUGGCCAUCAUGCGUGGCACAGUUUACAACGACGGCCGUGCUGUAUUGAAAUAUCAAGACAAGUUCAUGACGUUAUUGCGUUUACUGCGCGACAAAACUUUCUCCAAGCGGGGAUAUUCAUGGAGUGGUAAAUUGCUCUGUAGCAUGUUGCUCACAUUGUCGCAUACAUACCCUCUGGAAAACAGAUUCGUCAAUCCUGAUGAAUGGACAAGUGAAGACUUUCGUCGCAAUCAUCAUAAAUACUGGGGCAAGCUUUACACAAUGGAUGAAGUCAAGUUCUCCUGGCAUGUUCCGUCGAAAGAAGAGAUCGAUUUUAUUCUUAGACUAUUUCGAGAGUUGAUAGAACCUACACUAGCCCGUUUGGAAGGACUUCUGGCUCCAGGCAUACCAAGAGAUGCAGUUUGGAGGAAUGACUUCUGUCGGCUUUUGUGCUUUGUGCGGAACGCAUUUGCUGGUAUCCCUACGCUUGCGAGGGAGGAACCCCUCACCACUGGAGACAUACGCAGUAAAGCAGCCGAGAGUGAUAUACUCGACGAGAUACCAGAGAUGAUAGCGCUUGUGGACCCGGUCAACGCUGGCUUCGCAUUAGCAGAUACUUCGGACUCUCGUCAUAGGUACAUCACCACCUUAAGGCGCCGCUUCGGUUGGUUCCUACACAACGCUUCGCUCUCUCUGCUCAAGCAAGGGGAAGAGAACACCGUAGAUGCCGUUAAUGCACUUGUACGGUCGAUCAGGGUAUACAUGCUUGAAUAUGGCGAUAGCCGAGACAGCUACUAUAUAAAUCACGACCAGUACACCAGCGAGAUGAACGUUGCCCGCCAGUACGGCGGACAGAAGAUAUGGCCCCGAGCCAUCUGGGUUCGCAGAGCGCGGUAUUACAACUCUUCAAGGUUGCGUUGGAACUCCAUUGAACGUGCCCGAGGUGCAUUGGAGGACAAGCUUAUCGACGAUGUGGUUGAAUGGUGCAUGUGGCAUUAUGCAACAAUUCGACAAUCUAGUCAGUCCCUCUUAGACGCAUUGUGCACAUAUUACGACGGCGUCCGACGUCGCACAUUGCCUCGCUUGUAUAAAUCUUUGGACCCGGGGACAGAUGAUGAUCGUAUGAAGGGUGCCCUUUGGACCCUCCAUUACUCGUCCUUCGGUAAAUAUGCCGUCUCCGAGCCAACGCUUUGUCCAGAGUUGUUCAAGAAGCUGUUCGCCUCGCAACAUAACGAAAAGCCUUCCAUCCAAGAUGCUGUCUCCUCCGUGGCAGAUAACUGCAUCGGAAGCUUUUCAGAACCAUCCUAUCUGGUGUAUGACAUACCGAAUCCGGGGUUGGACAAGGCAGUCGCAGAGAUGCGAGACCUGUUGCCACACGAUCCUUCGUCAAAAGCCAUUGUCAACCGUUGCAGAGUUCAGCGCAUAAAGCGGAUCUCGAUGGCGAAUGAAGCCGCCAGACAAACUAUCUCCAUUAUCCAAGAGGUGGGUGAGUCAGAAGACACGCAUUGGAAGUACGCGAUCGCAGCGGUCAGAUGUCUGCGUACGCUUAGUCGACGUGAUGUACCUCUCAACCAUUCGCUCCUGAAAUUCUUCCUGGAAAACACGUACGACGAGCAUCCCAGCGUUCGCUAUUACGCCCAGCGUGCGGUCAUGAAAACACUGAGAAACCUCAAGUUGCGAACUUUCUGUUCGGAUCCAGUCGACCUGGUGCUAGCGCGCAAUCACAACCCAUUGAAGCGAACAGUUACAGUCCAACCAUCUCACCAGUUGACCUCCAAAUACCUAGAGGCUUACAAGGAGCCCGUGAGUCUGGACCGCUCGUCACAAGAAGGUAUUUUCUACGAACACGAUCCACCCGGAUGGUUAGCCUGGCCUUCCAAGUUUAGCCUGCUAGCAUUACCGCAUCAGACGAAGUCAACUUUUCAGCCUUGGGAUCGAACCAGCGAAGCUGCUGUUGCUACUCUGCGAACGGUGGCGAUGGACCCCGAAUUCUGGGAGAAUCUGAUUACUUACUACGCAGAAGAGACCGACGAGGUCUCCCUCACUCAAGAUAAUGUCUCCAUUGUGAAAUCUAUAUUCCAAGUUCUAGAGGAUGAGCCAUUGGAGACGCUGAAACCGCAGUUAGUCGCCCUCAUUCAGGACAAAGACCAGAACAAACAGAGGGCAGCUGCGGAGCUCCUGGCUGGCGUACUCAAUGGAUCCAAGCAUUGGCCGACAAGUAAACAAGAACAAUUAUGGAAGUGGUUCACUCCGUACAUCACGAAGAUCUUCAGACAAAACAUACUCUCAGAUACCUUGACAGUUUGGGUAUCUUUCCUUGAGUAUAUGUUCUACAAUAAGGACCCACGCCGCGUGCAACCUUUGGUAGAUUUCUUAAUUAGUGAAGUCAAAUCUCAGGAUUACAAUGGAGAGUCAUCCUUUGACGCUAUCAAAAUCCUUUCGCCCUUCCGAGCGUUCUAUUCGGAGUUGAACUGGAAGUUCUCUGCUUGGGCGGACGAGAUCAUGGAUCGCUUUUGGAAAGAAAUCAGUAGUGAACAUGAUGAUGUUCGUGCAUAUGUGGGCGAGAUGUUGGCAUUUUCGGCGAAGAUCAAGUGGAGUCCAAAACCAACCAUACCGAAUGUAGAGACCUUCGUGAAGGAAUGCCGUAUUCUUCCAAUCGAAUUCGACAUGAUGGGAAUGCGAGGGUAUUAUCACAAACACAGAGUAGCUGAUUUGGUGGAGAAAUUCGCCGUGUGGCGCGGGCAACGACUCUCGGGUGCUCGUGCAUUUCAGUCGACUUACGAUCGCGUUGGGAUCACAGUCUGCAAGUGGCUCUAUCAAUCACUUCAUGAUACGCAUGCCAUCUCUGUCUUCGAUUACAUACUUCCUUUAUUGCCAGAGACCUUCCGAUUCGCAGAAGGCGACGACAACGAUGAACUGGCUUCGCGAGCUGGGAUGUUACUGGUCAGGAUGUGCGGUGUAACCCCACCUCGGCCACUGAUCAAUCCCAUCCUGGAUGCUAUGUUCGACGCGAUCCAAACAUCACCAUCAUGGAGGGUGCGACUUAAGGCUCUGCCUUUGGUUCAAGUUUUCUACUUCCGUCAAGUCCCAUUGAUUAGCGAAAUCAAAGUAGUGGAGAUCUUGGAGGUGCUCUGCCGUUGUUUGGACGAUGAGAUCGUUGAAGUGAGGGAAAUGGCCGCCACCACAUUGUCUGGAAUCCUUCGAUUGUCCCCCAGACGCAGUGUGAUCACAUUGAAGGACCGCUUCGUCCGUCUAGCCAAAAACAGCCAUAUUCCCGAACGCCAGUCACCAGACUACAACAAAGCUUUGCGUCAGCGUCAUGCGGCGAUUCUAGGAAUCUGUGCAUUAGUGGACAGCUACCCCUACACGGUGGAGAAGUGGAUGCCCGAUCUUCUGGCCAAUGUUCUCGCGGAACAUACCUAUGACCCAAUCCCAAUUUCCACGACGGUUCGAAAGUGUGCUAGUAAUUUCAAGAAGACCCAUCAAGAUACGUGGCAUGAAGAUUCGAAGAAGUUCAAUGAAGACCAGCUCAUAGCGCUGUCAACAUUACUCACCGGAUCAUCAUAUUAUGCUUAA